AUGGCUUGGCGGAGCCAACUUUUCUGGCUCCUCUCGCUGGCUAUAGCUCGAUCCUCGAUUCUUGCCGUGUACGAUGACUAUCGUUUGCCCAGGGCCUUGGAGUCUCAGCAUUAUGAUUUACGGAUUCUCACUCAUUUGGAUGAAUUGCGUUUCGUGGGCCUUGUGAGAAUCCAUCUCCUGGCACUAGAGUCUACCUGGAAUAUCACUUUGCAUGUCAAGGAUCUUGAGAUAGAUGAGGAACGGACAACAGUGAGCUCCUUUCAGGAUACAAACUGUGUGACCAGCAUAGAAACCCAUGAUCUUUACGACUUCUACACCCUGCACUUGUGUCGGGAGCUGGUAAAGGAUGAGGUUUACCAACUGGAAAUGCAUUUUGGGGCAAGGCUAAAUAGUUCGCAAUCGGGUUACUACAACAGUUCCUAUACGGAUGUGAAAAGCAAGAAAAUUCAUCAUCUAGCGGUAACACAAUUUUCACCAACAUUUGCUCGUCAGGCCUUUCCCUGCUUCGAUGAACCCUCCUGGAAGGCUACCUUUAAUGUUACUCUGGGAUAUCAUAGGAACUACACGGGAUUAAGUAACAUGCCAGUUUUGGAAUGCCAAGAGCAUGAAACCCUUGACAACUAUAUUUGGUGCAAGCAUGAAACCCUCCUGAGGACUUCCACUUACUUGGUGGCCUACGCAGUCCAUGAUUUGCAAAAUAGAACCAUAGCUGAGGAUAAUCAGACCCCGCACAGGAAAGUAAUCUUCCGCAACUGGAUGCAGCCGAAGAUGCUGGACAAAGAAAUGCCAUCCCUGGAAAUGGCACCCAAAUUAAUCACCUUUUUCGAGGAUCUCUUUCAGCUUAAUUUCCCUCUGACGAAAAUCGAUCAGUUAAUUGCUCCCGAUCACCGUUUUACAGCUAUGGAAAACUGGGGUCUGGUCACGUUCAACGAGUUUCAUUUGGGAAUCAAUCCCAAUGACGAUUUGCAGACAAAGAAGGACUCAAAUGCCUUUACCGCCGGUCAUGAGUAUGCGCAUCAGUGGUUUGGGAAUUCGGUGACUAUGAAGUGGUGGAACGAUCUCUGGCUAAAGGAGGGACCUUCUACAUAUUUCUCCUACAUGGCCAUGGAUGCUUUGCAGCCGGAGUUGGGCAGAGGAGAGGUAAUGAUUGCCCAGGAUCUACAGAACUUUUUUGCCAAGGACUCUAGUGGUUCAAUGCCAGCCAUCUCGAAGGAGGUACGUGAUCCUGCCGAAAUUCUGGGGCAGUUUAGCGACUACGUAUAUCAAAAGGGAUCGUUGAUGUUCCGGAUGCUGCACAAGGUGCUGGGAGAUAAUGUCUUUUUCCAGGGCAUUCGUUCUUACUUGAGGCAGAAUGCUCUGGGGAAUGUGAUUCAGAUGGAUCUGUGGAAAUCCAUGCAGGAGGCUGCUCAGCAGGGCAAUGUAAUCCCCGCAGACUUUAAUCUGAGUAAAGCCAUGGAUUCGUGGACCCUGCAAGGUGGCUAUCCUCUGGUUACCCUCAUUAGGGAUUACACGGGAACGGGCAGGGUAAAGCUCAAUCAAACAAGAUUCUUAAGAGGAAAGGAGACUGAAAGAAACUCUGGCUGCUGGUGGAUACCACUUAGUUUUAUCAGACAAGGCCUGCCCGAUUUCGAGAACACUAUUCCUCAGGCAAGUCUGGAAUGUCCUGCAGAGACCCAAGAAGUUCGGACUUUGCCGGAUCCACCAAGUUCCGAUGAAUGGCUCCUAGUUAACCCACAGGUUAGCUCCAUAUUCAGGGUUAACUACGACGAACACAACUGGCACUUGAUUAGCCAGAGUCUGUGGAAUGAUCCCAACUUUGGUGGAAUUCACAAGCUGAACAGGGCUCAGUUGGUGGAUGACAUUCUGGCCUUGGCUUCGGUUCGAAUUCGAAGCUACGACUGGGCCCUCAAUAUGCUUGGAUAUCUGAGGAAUGAGACGGAGUUUCUGCCUUGGAAGAGAGCACUGAAGCUAUUGAAAGACUUGGGAGCUUUGCUGAGUGGUCAAGAAAAAAAGAAUUUCAAGAUCUACAUGCAACAGCUACUUUCACCUUUGUACAAACGCUUCUCAAAGUUAGGUUUGAUAUUGAGGACCAUGCCAGCCACUAAGGAGAUAUCGUUCCUGCGAUUUGCUUACUCUCAGGCCUGCCACUACCAUGUCGAUGAUUGCAUCGAACAGGCCAAGAAACUGGCAAAAUCUCAGCAGGAGAUACCCUCCGAUUUUCGUGAAGUGGCAUAUUGUUCCUUGGUCGAAGAAGGCGGAGAGGCAGAGUUUCAGGAGGUAUUAACACUCUUCAAAAACGCCACCAAUGCUGCUCAACAACAGAUUUGGGCCUCUGUCCUCGGCUGCAGUCGUGACUUUAAACAUUUUAAGGAAUUUCUAAACUUUACCCUGGAAUCGGAUGAGAAAUCCAUUAGGCAUUGCUAUCUUUCAGCAGUAAAGAUGGCCUUAAGUAAGGAUUAUAUGACUUCCCAGACCAUUAACCUUAUACUGGGUCAAGCGAAAAUCAUAGGGGAAAAGUUUAAAAAGAAGGAGCUGACAGGCCUGCUGCUUAGUUUGGUGGGUCAGGUUCAAGAGCCCAUGGAAUUAGAGCAACUUAAUGAUCAGUUGAAGGACAUAAAGGCAUUCAAAGAACCUCUCAAGGAAGCCCUCGAUCUGGGCAACAUAAAUCAGCAAUGGCAAAAAGAUUGCGCCAGUGACUUUAGCCGGGCAUUGGAAAUAUAUCUAAGAAGGACUACACUUCUUUAA